AUGAUGAUUGCAAUUAACAUUGAACCAUCCGUCUUAAUCAUAGGCAUUGAAAAAUUAUCCAUGGUUUACAAGAGAAAGCGCAAUGUAAAGAUAGACAACAACAAAUCAUAUGCAAUAUGCAAGCCGGGAAGCACAGAUGAGCUUCUACUUGAGGAGUAUGUGCCGCCAACACUUGAUACAGGAAUGGAAGCUGAUGAAGAGAAAGAGGUGCAUCUGAAGAGCAUCAUUGAGGAGGGUAAGGGCGACAUUCCGAUUCCUGUGAUAGUGGAUGUUGAUAAUCUAGCAAGGAGGGAGUAUGGAAAGUAUUUUGCAUCAAAGAGGUAUGUUGAAUGGCUUGGAGAUGCAUCUAAUGAAUAUAUUGUGAAUAGCGACGACGAAAGGAGCUGUAGGGAGAUGGAGAUAAGCAAGGAGAAGCUCCAGAAGCUUCUUUUGACGAUAUCAAGGGAUCAGUGCCUUUCGAACGAGAACAAGAAGUAUGUGGAAAUGGUAGCAUCGAGGAUUCUUGUCAGGAGCGACAAGCUUGAUUCGCCUGCCUACAUAUGCUUCCGAAGAAGGGUAGUUAAGCCGAAUAGACGAAGCAGAAAGUGCGAGGAGCUGGCAAAGGAGAAGGUUGAGAGGAUGUGGACUGAGUUUUACCUGCUUGAGAAGUUGUGCAAACUAUACUACAGCAAAAAUAGGCUUGAGAGGGAGUCUGAGGAUGUUGAAGAUGAGUUGGUCAAGGUUACAUAUACACUUAUGAAAGGUAGCACUAGGAGUACCAGGAGAAAGAUAGCAAGAAAGAUUCGUGGCGAUGCAAUCAAACCAUCAGAAAGCACAAAUGGAGGUAGAGAGGGCUUGCUGUUCGAUAGAUGGAGAAUUAAAGCACUAAGACGAAGAAUUGCAGAGGCCAAAGACAAGGCAUGCACAGAAGAGAAUGAAGCAGAGGUUAAGGCUCUAAGGAGAUACAACCUGAUGCACAACAAAUGA